AUGGUGAACGUCUUCGCCGUCCCUGUCUUCUUCAUCGUCUUCAGGGAAACGCUUGAGACAAGUAUUAUUGUGUCUGUGUUGCUCUCGUUCCUGAAGCAACAACUAGGCCCAGAUCGAGACAAAACAGUAUACAAGAAACUCCGCAACCAGAUUUGGUGGGGCACACUUAUAGGUUUCUUGAUCUGCUUGGUCGUAGGAUGCGGCCUCAUUGGCGCCUUCUACGGCAUCGGGAAGAAUAGCUGGCAAAAGGCCGAAUACAUCUGGGAAGGUGUAUUCGGGAUAGUCGCAUCGCUCAUCAUCGCCCUGGUUGGUGCUGCCCUCUUGCGUAUCUCCAAGAUGCAGGCGAAAUGGCGGCUGAAGCUGGCCAAAGCGCUGGAAGCGAAGGACAACAGCAACGCCAGGCUCGGCAGUCGCUUCAAGGCAUGGUGUGAGAAGUAUGCCAUGUUUCUGCUACCCUUCAUCACGAUUCUUCGAGAAGGCCUAGAAGCCAUUGUCUUUGUUGGUGGCGUCAGUUUGGGCUUACCGGCCUCUUCCAUCCCGUUGGCAACCAUCUGUGGGCUUGCAGCUGGAAUCGCGGUCGGCUUCAUCAUCUACAAGAGUGGCAACAUGGCUCCACUUCAAAUCUUCCUCAUUGUCAGCACUUGCUUCCUCUACCUUGUUGCCGCUGGCUUGUUCUCGCGAGGCAUUUGGUAUCUGGAGGCAGAUAAUUGGAACAAAGCAACUGGAGGCGACGCUGCCGAGAAUGGAUCAGGCCCAGGCUCCUAUGACAUCCGGCGUAGUGUGUGGCACAUCAACUGCUGCAAUCCUGAGUUGAAUGGUGGCGGCGGCUGGGGUAUUUUCAAUGCCCUUUUUGGAUGGCAGAACAGUGCCACAUACGGCAGCGUGAUCGGAUACAAUGUCUUCUGGAUUUGUGUCAUUGUUGCAUUCGUCUUGUUGCGAUUCAAAGAGACCAAAGGCCGCUAUCCAUGGGGUAAGGCCAGGGCUUCCAAUACCUCAGCGCCUGCGAGAAAGGGAAGCGACGAUGAGACUAGCGAUGGGAGCGUUGGCCCUUCAGAGAAGCAUGUACAUGGCACAAAGGCUACUGAAGUACCCCCCAGGGUAUAA